ACCUACACUGGCAAGAGUAGCGACCCUUGCCGAAACAUGGCGACGCUUGUGGACAAGUUAAACAGUAUAGUGUGGAACGAGAAGUGGUGGCUAGGCGACGACGCAAAAUGGGACGAUUUUUUAAGUUCAGACCCAAAUAUCUACUACCCCAGGGUAAAGGAUAUGAACUGGUCACUUGCUGUCGGAGUUGGACUUCUGGCUGUGCGAUAUGUUUAUGAAAACGUGCUCAUUGUUCCCCUUGCAAACUACUUAGGAAUUUAUGAACGUAAGAAAAGGCCACUGGCACCAAAUGCUCCACUUGAAGCUGCUUUCAGAAAACAUCGAGGCAAGGUUCCACAAGUAGAAACAGAGAAAUUGAUCAAGCAGACAGAUUUGACAGAAAGACAGAUACAGAGGUGGUUAUUCCGAAGGAGGAUUCAGUCAUCACCAUCAUCUAUGUACAAAUUUAAAGAAUGCAGCUGGCAUUUGCUGUUCUACACAUUUGCCUUUCUGUAUGGUAUGUGGAGUCUUUGGAAUAAAUCUUGGCUGUAUGUGACAGUUAACUGCUGGAUUAAUUGGCCUAAACAGCACAUUGAUACAGAAAUUUAUACAUUCUACUUGUUGGAACUGAGUUUUUACUGGAGUCUACUGUUUGCAAUCAUCUUCCAGAAAGACUAUCAGAAAAAGGACAAGAAUGAGAUGAUACUUCACCACUGUGUCACAAUCUUAUUAAUUUACUUUUCCUGGGCCUGCAACUUUGUUCGUGUUGGAACGCUAGUGCUGGUUGUUCAUGAUGUUGCUGAUCCGUGGCUAGCUGUUGCAAAAAUGGCUAAGUAUGCUAAGAAGCAAGCCACGUGUGAAGCUUUCUUUGGCAUCUUCAGUGUGGUGUGGAUCAUCUCACGGUGUUGUAUAUAUCCACUUUGGGUCCUUAAUACAUCUGCUGUUGAGAUCCAUGACUAUGUGACCACCUUCCCAGCCUAUUGGUUCUUCAAUGGGUUACUGUUCGUCCUGCAGAUCCUGCACCUCCUAUGGACCUACCUCAUCUUGCGCAUUGCCUUCCAGAAGUUUCAACAUGGUUCUCUCCAGAAAGAUGAACGCAGUGAAUCAGAAAGUGAGACAGAUGAAACCUCCAGUGAUGAAGAUGAAGAUAACAACAAAAUUUCCAAGCGAGUUAUCAGCAAUGGUAUUCUUGGAAACCAGUACAAGUCUCAACUGACUGCAGAACAGUAGGCAGACUCAGCUAUCUUCUUCUUUCUCAUUUUAUCACAACAUUCUUUUAUUUACUUGACACAGUGUUAACGGUCUAGCAUCUGAUUUGCUGGUAGAUGUCUGUAUGCUUGCAAAAGUUUUUCUCUCUUCAUAUAAAACUCACAAGAUUUUUUUUGGUUUUGUUUUUUAGGGUUUAUAUUUUUUAUUAUUUAUUUUGUCCUAGGUGCUUCUGUAUCAGAGAUGUACCAAGGCAAAACCUCUCUGUACAUGCUAUUACCAUUGUUUGUCAUGUUACCUGCAUGUGUGUUCUAGCAAUAAGCUGGCAAUUUUGUUUGAUCUGUGCUUAGACUGAUUUUUAGUCCCUUCAGCCUAUGAUUGAAUGAGUGCAUCAGAAGUUUUUGAAAGCAAAAAAACCCCAGGUUGACCACCAUUGAUGUUGCUUCUUUGUGAUAAACUUGCAUAAUUUUGUUAGUAAAGCCUUGGUUUAUCUGUAAAGAAAAUCAUGCUGUUGAAAGGAUAGAAUUUGCAUUUAACAUUUUUGAUCUAGUGUAUGUUCAGAAAAAAAAGCUGUGAAUAAAUAGUAGCAAAAAUUCUGUCGGCUACUUCAUUUAUAGUAGCAAAAAUUCUGUCGGCUACUUCAUUUUCAAGUGCCCUUUUUAAAUUUUUGUUUAUUCUUUUGCUUAAUAUCAGAAGACUGACUGGUAAAUAUGCACUGUUAGAUGACAAUGAUAGUUAUAUGCUUUGAAAUAUGAAACUAUAGCCUUUAGGGAAAUUUCUGUCUGCUUUCUGCAUUCCUUUCCAUGCUGAUUGGUUGGUUUGGAGAGAGAGUGCUUCAAGUUAUGGAGCACUUCUAUCUGUGUGUGAACUAGUUUUGUAUAUCUACUGUAUUUUUUUUUCCUGCUUAUUUUCACCUUUCAUUUAUCCAUCUUUUAAUAUCAUCAUUUAUACACAAGUAUUUGUUAGUCUUGUUGCUGUUUAUUCAUAUUUAAAACACGAAGUUUCUGUUGUUUUGAUCACUUGUGACCUUCGAUCUUUUUUAAGUACUUGAAAUUUAGAAGUUUCCCCAUUUGGUUGUGCAUAUUUUUUACCCCUUUCCAACUUUACAUUAUAGGAAGGGAAUAAUCUGUUCACAGUACGUUGGACUUUGAAAGUAAUCAUGUGAAAGUGCCUGCUUUGAUAAACAACAGACUCGCUUAGUUUGAAAACUUCAUGACCCCCGUCUGUUGUCAAAUUGUUUUAUGUUCAUCAUCAUCAUUUCUGGACUAGUCUUAAAUCAUUCUUGUACUAUUUCAGAUAUUGUUGUCAUUUUCUUUCAUAGAACUUCCAGUGAAAUUAUUCUCAUUUAAAUAUGAUUGCUAUAACCAUGCAUUAAUGCUUGCAUUUGUUCACCGGAUACCCUUCCUGUAUAACUUUUUUCUAAAAGUUUUUGUGGGAAGGUUAAGAAGUGCUGAUAAUUUUAAAAGAUAAAUCUUUCUUUUGACUUUAAAAGCUCAACACCUUUAUUUAACACUUUUGGCUUGAUCAUCAUCAACCUUUUUCAUCUGAUCAGCUGUUUUUGAAAAGAAACAAAAAAUGUUUCAGCUUUAUAGAAAGAUCACAUUUGAAUAUGACUUCCUUUUCAUUUCAUUCCUUAUUUCCUGUCAUUGUAUUUAUGAAGAAAUAUAUUUUAAUAUUUUUUAUUUUUACUGCUAAUAGAGUGUCUUCUGACAAGAUGUUGAUUACUACCAAGCGAAAUCGUCAUGUUUUCUGUCCAGUCUUGUGUUCUUUUCAGAUACUUUAAAUGUUUUCUUCCCACCUUUAUUAACCCUUUUUUCUUCCCGAAUUAUCACUUUUAUGUAGCCUGAAUGAUACUAAAGAUCCAGGUUAGACAAGAUCCGAAGAUUUCAUCAAACAUAUUUAUUUAAUUAAAAUAAUGCAUGCCAUAAAUUUGUGUAAAUUAAGUACUUCAUUUUUUAGUCUAUUCUUUAACUUUAAAUAUUGCUGAACACAUCUACAUGAGCACUUGACGAUUUCAAAACAAUCAGAUUAUAGAUUUCAAUAAUCCUGCCUAACACACAAAGAAAGUUUUUGUAUUCUGCUGGAGCCUGUCUUUCAGAUUUUGGUUUCACCAUCAUCUAUUUCUUCCUUACAGUUACUGUGUCCCCAAGCAUUCAGAAUAUUAGAAAAUCCUUCUGAAACUGCUUGCUCAAAAAGAUGUAUGUGUGCUUCCAUUGGGAAACGGGGGGAGGAAGGAUGUGUGAUGCAUGAUUGUGUAGUGCAUCUAGUCAUAAUAUUAUUUGAUAAAAUUUAAUGUUUAAAAGGAGUGCUGCCUGAGCAGAAAAAAAGCAGAUUGAAUUCAUAUAUGUCACAUAAACAUAAAACUAGUCAAAUACAUUUUGGAGUCAGAAUUAGUUUUGAUGAAGCAGUCAUCAGAUGCUGAAAUUUUAUCAGUUUUUGUUGUGGAGCAUAACUCUAAGGUUGUUCAUACAAAUAAAAUAACCAACUUCAGUUUUUUUGUUUUUUUUGUUUUGUUUUUUUUUUUUUUUAAUGCAUUCAGUUGAAUUUUAAGAAGUUGUUGCAAAAAACCCAGAUGCAAUAUUUAAUAGUUUUAUUGAUUCUUUUCUCAUACAUUUUUGGUAUAUAUGCAGAUGUAUAUGUCAUUGCUAUAGGUAAACAUUUAAAAAAAUACACUCCCCAACCACUGUAUCAACUCUGAUUUCAUUUGUAUUUGAUAAUUGUUGGUGUCAUUUUUAGGUUUUUUUUUAUUAUUGGUUGAUUGUAAAACCCAUAACUGUUGAAAAGCAACUUAACCUAAAGAGCACAGCCAGAGAAAAAGAUAAAACAGCUAAUCACUUACACUUCACUUGAAUUGUGCAUUUACUUUAAUGAAAUGAAAGAAGAUACAUCUUUCUCUGGCUUCCUUAUUUUCUGCUUUUUAACUUAGAAAGGUAAAAGGUUUUUACAUGCAUAUUUAUAAUUACAACAAAAAAUACUUUUGUGUAUUUUGUUAGUGGUUAGGAAGGAAUUGAUGUGCUGAGGAUUAGCAUGGGAUUGCAAUCAAGGCAAUCUGUUUGUGAUAAAAAUGUCAUUUCAUUGUAUCAAGGAGUGCAGUUUCUCAUUUACCUGUUUCAUUCAUUUCUUUUUCAGAUUCAUUUUUUUAACUAGUUGAAUUGCAAAAUUAUGUGACUAUUAAGUGGUUGUUUGCUCUUAACAGUAUUGAUUUAUGCUUUUAUACCUGUUUUCACUCUGUCACAAUGCAUCCAAGUGCUUAAUUUAGUUUACUUUCAUGGUGAUUAGCUUUUCCUUCACCGUCAAACAACGGAGAGUAGGUGACAAAAAACUUGCUGGUCUGUCAUUUCUUUAGAGAAGUAUGAUCAAAUAGUUUACAUCAAGAAAAAGGUUUUCAUUUUAACCGGUUUAUGACCCUUGUUGUUCAUGCAUGUCUAAAUGGGAGCAUUUAUUCACAUAAGGGCAGGAACAUGUUUUAAACUUGUUUUCAAAAGUUCCCUCUGCUGCUUUAUUCAUAGCUUCCAGGCUAUGUUCAUUUGCUGCAUUUCUGUACAUAUUUUUUUAUUUUUGAAAGAAGGAAGUGUGAAGUGACUAUUUGUUAUCAACUGCUAUACAUUGCUGUGAUUAGUCAGGAAUUGUUUUGCAAUGUCUGCAUGCAGGAAAUUGUAUUUCCAUUAAGUUAGUAUUGUACUGCUGAUGAGUUCUGUUCCUAGUCAAAUACAAUCAUACAAAUGCUGGUGGGGCUUUUAAUAUACAACUCAUUUUUAGGCUUGAUCAUCUCAGGCUUUUAAGUAUUUGCAUUUUUUUUAAAAGUUGAAUACUUUUACCUUAAAGUGCUAUGUAAUGUAGUAAUAUGCAAAACAUUAUAAUAAAAUACACAUUAAUAAAAACUGUCAUAAGUACAAACAAUAAGUUUAACAUUCUGAAAAUUUUGUUUUCUCCUUACAGUGACUAGAAGAAUAUUGCAAGUUAACCACUCAUUUGAUCAACUAGUACAAAAAGAGAUUACCAUGCUUUAAACAUAGGUGUAUUAGAUUUGUUUGCUUACAUGCUUGCAGCAUAGCAAGGGCUGCACCGCACUAGCUGUUGCAUUUUCUAGUUGUAAACAGCAAAGAUGGAUGAUGACGUUAAGGCACACUACAUGUAUAUUGUGUUUCUUGUUCAACAGUCUCUGUGAUAUCUUCUAGCAUUGCUUCUCUUCAUCAUGAGUUUAGGUUUUCUGAAAGCACCCCCGGUCAUUUAAUACAUUGCUUCCAAGUACUGUCUCAGGAUUUUGUUAACCUUUUAAUUUGUACUUUUCUCUAAUUAUUCCAUUUGUCAACCACUUCUGUCUUAUAUCCAAUGUGGGUGUUUAGCCUGAACUGAGUCACUUUGACAGACAAGUGCAAAUUGCCUACUUAUGACUCUUCCACUCCAGUGAUGACAUACAUUUUUCGUGGGUUUUGUGGUAACUUAACAGGUGGGUUUUUUUUCAGAUAUAUCGACCUAGUAUCAUACUAACAAGAAAAACAGAUGUAUACCAUACACAGAGUGUGUACAUUUUUUCAAAGGUUUAAAGGGAAAUUAAGCACCCUUGGAAUAAUUUGAUGGGUUAUAUUUAUCUGUGUGAUCAGGUGUUGCUAAGCAUCUUUAGUAUAUGUUUCAUGUGCAUUAUGCUUCCUGACAUGUUUCCUCUGAGUUCGUAAUCUAUUACUAUAUUUAAUGAGUUUCAUGUUGCUACUAUUAAUCAAGUGUUUUAGAACACAAAUUUUUUCAUGCAAAGGAAUCAAAAUGAGGUUUUGAGAAUAGAGAGGAAGAUAAGUUAGGAAAUAAUCAGUAUUCAGUCAUAGAAAAGUUUGUAUAAUAUGUUGAUGUCUGCCAUUUCAUACUUCCAUGAUAUUAUUUGCGUCUAUGAAACUGUCACACAUAAACAUAAAGGAAAAGAUCGUAAAGAUACUUUUUCUAUUGAGAAGAUUUUUGUUUCUACAGUAUCUUUGGAAACAAAAUGCUUAUUCCAUAGUAUGUAUAAAAAAUGACUUCCUAGUCAUUUUCCAUAUAAAGUUACUGGUUUAACGGUGUGCUUGUCAUUCCUUUUUUAAUUAUGUUUUCUGCUUUAGGUUUUUAUGAUUAUGGUUUUUGUUUUGUUACAUAUGAUUGAGUGUAAAAUAAAACACAGAAUGCAUUCUACUCGCAUUUUAUGGCACAUUUUUAUUUCAAACUAUUAUGUUGUCCACCAUUUACAUUAGUUUUGAUAGUAAGAGUGAUUAACAGAUUCUGGUCUGAUUUCACUUGAGCAGUGCAAAUAACUGAAACUGACAUUUCCAAUAAAGAGCUAUAAAUGACAAGUCAUUGAUAGUUACUUGUGGAGGUGAAAAAAAUAGUUUAAAAAACUGCGUUAUCAGCUACAUAAUGUCAACAUCCUAUAGUACUGAGAUAACUUUACCAUUUCAAAGAAAAUAAUUGCAGGACAUGUCAUCACCAAAACAGGCCACCUGUUGUCUGUAUAGAAAAUGGUGUUAUUUUAACUUGUCAUGUUGAAAAUGCAACUCAAGAGAUUAUUGGCUAACAUAUUUUGUUUGAUAAAGUAGACUUAGAAGAAUCUUCAUGAAUACAUGCUAUGAAUCUUGCAUGCCCCUAUCCAAAAUUUGCACCACCAUGCAUAUUUGCCAAAAAAUAAAAAUAAUAAAAUGAAUGUCCAUGGAUGAACUGCAA